AUGAGUCGAGCAGAUCAUGUACCCAUUCCACAGUCAGAUGAAGCAGCCCAGGAAUUUGACCAGUCUGCAGAGCCUGAACACAGUUCUGCAUCUCUGAUUGGAUCAGGUCAGAGCAGAGGUGACCGAAAGAAUGGCUACUUUACAUAUUCAGAUCCUGACUUCGAGAAUGGCUCAGAGAAUCCAUAUAGAGACACCACAGAGAGUGAUAUUAAUAUUCGUCACAUCCCCCUUGCAGACUUGGUGCCCCGGCCAUGGCAGACUUUUGAGCAGGUUCUGGUGGCGUCGUACAUCAGCAUUGCAUUGUUCUUGUUUACAGGCCUGCUUGCUGUCAGAUAUGCCAGGCGGGGGAAGAGACAUCAAAGCAAAGGUUUGAUGGGAAUGGCACAGAAGGAACUAAAACUGGCUGUAUACCUUAUCUAUGCCAGUGUGGCCUUGGGAAUUCUCUUGUACCUUAUCAUUAUUCCCAUAGCAGUUUCUGCUUAG